AUGCCUAGAGACAGAGAUCCCCUGGUUGUUGGUAGAGUUAUAGGGGAUGUUUUGGACUCUUUUACAAGGUCUAUUUCUCUCAGGGUGAUCUUCGGUACUAGGGAGGUUAACAAUGGUUGUGAGCUCAAACCAUCUCAAGUUGUCAUCCAGCCAAGGGUUGAAAUUGGUGGGGAUGAUCUCAGGACCUUCUACACUCUGGUUAUGGUGGAUCCUGAUGCACCCAGCCCAAGUGACCCAAACCUGAGGGAGUACUUGCAUUGGUUGGUAACUGAUAUUCCAGCAACUACGGGGACAAGCUUUGGGCAAGAAAUUGUUUGUUAUGAGAGCCCACGACCAUCGGUUGGAAUUCACCGCUUCGUUUUCGUGUUGUUUCGGCAACUGGGUAGGCAGACAGUUUUCGCACCGGGGUGGCGUCAGAAUUUCAACACCAGAGACUUUGCUGAGCUUUACAAUCUUGGAUUGCCGGUGGCUGCUGUUUAUUUCAACUGCCAGAGGGAGAGUGGGUCCGGUGGCCGAAGGCGAGAAUGA